AUGCAGCCCACUUUCGUCCUCGCUCUCGCCGGCCUCGCCGCCGCCGGCCCCAUCCUCACCACCGUCACCGCGGACCCCAACUCGGUCGCCAUCGAGAACCUCUCGGUGCGCAAGAACAACGGCAUCCAGGCCGCAUCCUUCGACAUCACCCCCGCCGGCGCCAAGUGCUCGCAGACCGACCCGGCCUCCCUCACCUACCCCCGCAUGACCGAGUGCGAGGGCAGCGCCUACAACUACUAUUUCCAGAUCCAGGAGGGCGCUGAAUCUGGCAAGUGGGACUUGACCAUUACCCGCGAGGUCGGCAUGAACUCCGUUGUCAACGGUACCGUUUCUGUCCCGACUUACUGCCACGCUGGCGGCAACGGCCAGAACGACUUCGUCUGCUCGCAGGUCGGCAACGCUACGACCGUCCUGAACCAGCGCUUCGGCACCUACUAA